UCGUAAGUAUUGACAUGUUUCUCAUAUCUAUCUACCUGUCUAGCCUAAUGAUGAACUCUCCCUUUUUUUUUUCUUCUGUGCCUGAGCUGCGACAACGCGUCGUCGCGUGGCUCUCACCCUUCAUCUUGGGAGAUUGGGGCAGCCAGCCAGAAUGGCCGGGGGCGGGGGUCCACUGGGGGUUAGCAUCCCUGCCCACCGUAAGUUUGUGUCCAAGUGCCAAUUCCUCUAUGGCGCACUUGGGGUUCAGAAUGAGUCCAAUGGCCCGAGCGCCCGCCCCCUGUUGUGUGGCAGAGAGACGCCAACUGGACACAAAGCUUCUUGUUGUCGUUACGGGAGGGGGGGGCCUUCUUGCCGUUACCGCUGGGGCGGCGAGGCGGAUCACUACCGGAGCCGGUAGUAGUGCUGCCCGGAGUGAAGUCGACGGCGGUAGAUAUGGUAGCGGGGUGCGAGGCGGAAACGGCGUGGAAGCGGCGCGGAAACCGGGGAAGAGAAAAACAUAAGAAAACUACUAACGCGGGGUAGCUACGAGAGCGACUUAAGGAGGAGGAAAGAGGA